GCCGCGAUCACCUUCGCUAAGUAUAGAACACAGCGGCCGGUCGCUGCGUCAUGCUCAUCACGUACGAGAAUCCAUUUGAGGGGGAGGAGGAGGGGUGCAGGCGCUGCGAAAGGAGAGGUAGGGAGAUGGACAAGGAAGCAAUGGAGCGCUAUUUGCUGUCGAUGUUCUGGGAGAGCGACAGGGACGAGGUGGCGGCGCUGGUCGACGGCCCCGCUUUGGCUUGGAAAUGCGGCAGCCGCAGCAGAACCGCCGCCGUCGGAUGCAACAAGAAGAGGCUGCUCUCGAAGCAGCUGUCGAUGAAGGAGACAAAGAGAGAGGUCAAGUGGGAGAAGCGGCGGAGGCAGAUACUGCAAAGCAGGCACAUGAUGACGGAGAGGGGAGGAAAGGAGGAGGAGGAGGAGGACGAGGACGAGGCCGGCGAUGGUGGCGAAAGGAGGGCUACCAAAAGGGUGAGGAACCUGACGGAUGAGGACCUAGACGAGCUUAGGGGAAGCAUAGAACUUGGGUUCGGGUUCAACGAGGAGGAAGGCGGCCACGACCUCCUCGACACCCUCCCCGCACUCGAUCUCUACUUCGCCGUCAACCGCCAGCUCUCCGACAUCAAGAUACCAUUCUCGCCGAGCCCGAUGACCAGCCCCACCACCGCCUCUACUCCGUCGACCUUGUGCGGCUCUCCGAGCCCUCGGAGCCCCGACGAGCAUUCAGGAGGCCCCUCGGAGUCGUGGAAGAUCUGCAAUCCAGGAGACGAUCCGCAGCAUGUGAAGACGAGACUGAGGCACUGGGCGCAGGCCGUGGCUUGUUCUGUCAGGCAAAGUAGCUGAGAGCUGUAUCUUUCUGGAUCAAGACUCAGUUUCAUUGAUAAAACUGUGAAGAGAUGGAGCUGAGGAUGAAAUGGAGAGACCUGAAGGGGGAAAAGCCACCCAGAAGUUCUUUCCUCUUUUUUCCUCUUCAUUUACUUGUUUCUAUUUCUUUUUUUUCUUCUAUUGAGAUCCUUGAUUCAAAAUAAACUUAUUUCUCAUCUCUAGAAAUUAUCCAAAAACAGAGUAAGUCAA